GGAAGUUCGGCCGCCCCCAGAGCCGGACGGGGCCGUUCCGCCGCCGUUCGCCGCCCCCGUCCGUCCCCCGGCCGCCUCCAAGUCGCUCCGAGUGCCGGAGUUGGCCCGGUUCUGACCCGGCCGCCCCGCGCUCCCCGCCGAGGUCUCUCUGCGCCUCCCCGCGCCGCUCGGUCACCAAAAGUUCCGGCGCCGUCCCGGAGCGCAGUUGGGCCGAGUGGCCCCGGAGCGGAGCGGCGCUCGGUGCUGCCCUCCAUGUUGGCAUUGUGGGGCCGCGGCCCUCCGCUCCGCGCUGCUCCCGGCCCCGCGGCGCCCGGCCCGGCGCUCUCCGUGCGGGGAAUCUCCGCGCAAGUUGCGGCGCCCCGCGCUCCUCGGCCGGAGUUCGGCCGCCGGCUCCGCUCGCCAGACCCCGGGCCGACGCGGCCACCAUUUUAGAACGCGAUCCUCGCUGGGAAGAGCCGUGAGCUUCGUCCUCGUCCUCGUCGCCCGGCCCGGCCGCGCGGUGCGCUCGCAGUCGCGGUUCCGAUUUUCUUUUGUUAGCUGACCCCGUUUGCCGAGAGCCGUUCGAUCUCAGCCCCGCGGUCGGCGCGGCCGGGAGCGGCGGUUCCGUUACGGGGAUAAACGGCCCGAAUGGCGAGGAGCGGAAAUCUGAUUGCCGAGCGUUUGCGGAUCUCCUCGUCUCGAUGCGGAGCCGGGCCGGCACGGCCACGGCGGCGGAGCCCCGCACCUCCCCCAGCCGGGGCCGAGCUCAGCGCGGCGCUUUGCCGGCCGAUGCUCGCGGUUCGGAGCCGCUCCUCGCUGCUCCUCGGCUCCGCGCUCCGCCCGCCGGCGGCCGGCCGAAUUAAAGUGAAGUUGGUGCCUGAGCUGGUGCGGAUCUUUGUGCCGGAGGAGCUGCGCCCUGGGAGGCUCUGCGUGCCCUGAGCCCGGCGGAGGGGAUCAGAUGGUUUUCAUUAUACGGCCAACGCUGAACUUAUGUAAUCUUUUUGAGGAGAAUAAUCUUUUUGGAGCGCGCAUUGCCAACAGCAUUGAGCAGUUGGGAGCAGAGCAGAAUUUCUGUGGAGAUGGGUUGUUGGGUUUUUUUUGUGGUUUGUUUUAAAAAUCUCAUCUACGUUUCUCAUCUGCUUGCACACAAAACCAAAGCCUGACAAUAAAAGCUCCUUCUGAGCUUCGUUAUCUGUUAGAGAGGCAGAGACGAGCAGCUCUGAAGGAAUUGCGACCGACUGCAACGGCGUCCUCAGCACACUCCAUCUCCACUUACAAAGGCCAACCUCCCCUCUAUGAUCCGAUGGAUUCGCUGAGCUGCUGUUCAGAAGUGGGAUGAGGACGGCCGGAGCUCCGAGGGCACAACGCCCCAUGGCUGUGCAGGGUUUGGCUCCCACCGCCCGUCUGCCCCGCGGUGGCCCUGUGGCUGCGCCUGCACCAGCAUGGAGCGUAGAGGGAGCCCUUCAGGCCCGGCGCCUGACGUGGUUCCUGGCCUUCCUGGAAACAGGAGCGCGAUGAAUAUUCAGCUGUUGGUUUCUGUAGGAUCCGGUGGUUUGCGGGAGGACUGGCAGCCUCCAUUUGCGUGUGAUGUUGAUAAACUUCACUUCACGCCGAGGAUCCAGCGGCUCAAUGAGUUGGAGGCCCAAACCCGCGUGAAGCUGAAUUUCCUGGACCAGAUUGCGAAGUUCUGGGAGCUGCAGGGCUGCACGCUGAAAAUCCCCCACGUGGAGAGGAAGAUCUUGGAUUUAUUUCAGCUUAACAGGCUAGUUGCAGAAGAAGGAGGGUUUGAUGUCGUUUGCAAGGAGAGGAAAUGGACCAAAAUAGCCACAAGGAUGGGAUUUGCUCCUGGCAAGGCUGUGGGUUCGCACAUCCGCGCGCAUUACGAGCGAAUUCUCUAUCCUUACAACUUAUUCCAGUCUGGAGCAAGCCUGCUGUGUCUGCAGAAGCCGGAUCUCACCAGCGACACGAAGGACAAGGAGUACAAACCCCACGACAUCCCGCAGAGGCAGUCGGUGCCGCCGUCCGAGAGCUGCCCUCCUGCUCGCCGAGCGAAGCGCCUGCGGGCCGAGGCGACCAACAUUAAAACUGAGUCUGAUUCUCCAGAGGCGAGAACGCAUAAUCUGAGACGCAGGAUGGGAUGUGCGCCUCCAAAGUGUGAGAAUGAAAAGGAAACGUACAGCACAGUGAAACUUACUGAGAAGAGAGAGCAUGCUGGGGAGCAGGAGAAGGACAAAUCCAAAGCCCGAUCCAAAAAACCCACCAGUGCUGUGGAUUUGUAUGUGUGUCUCUUAUGUGGCAGUGGUAACGAUGAGGACCGUCUCCUGCUGUGCGAUGGCUGUGAUGACAGUUACCACACCUUCUGCUUAAUUCCACCCCUUCACGAUGUUCCCAAAGGGGACUGGAGGUGCCCCCAGUGUUUGGCUCAGGAGUGCAAUAAGCCUCAAGAAGCGUUUGGCUUCGAGCAGGCAGCCCGGGACUACACACUGCGCACGUUUGGGGAGAUGGCAGAUGCCUUCAAGUCCGACUAUUUUAACAUGCCAGUCCAUAUGGUCCCCACCGAGCUGGUGGAGAAGGAAUUCUGGAGACUGGUCAGCACCAUUGAGGAGGACGUCACUGUGGAGUAUGGGGCUGACAUCGCUUCCAAGGAGUUCGGCAGCGGGUUCCCAGUUAGAGAUGGGAAAUUCAAAGUGAGACCAGAAGAGGAGGAAUACCUUGACAGUGGCUGGAAUUUAAACAACAUGCCUGUGAUGGAGCAGUCUGUUCUUGCCCACAUCACCGCAGAUAUAUGUGGGAUGAAACUGCCCUGGCUGUAUGUGGGAAUGUGCUUCUCUUCCUUCUGUUGGCACAUUGAGGACCACUGGAGCUACUCCAUCAACUAUCUGCACUGGGGAGAACCAAAGACGUGGUAUGGAGCCCCGGGGUAUGCAGCAGAACAGCUGGAGGACGUGAUGAAGAAGCUUGCUCCAGAGCUGUUUGAGUCUCAGCCAGACCUCUUGCACCAACUUGUCACCAUAAUGAACCCAAAUACUUUGAUGGCCCACGGAGUGCCUGUUUAUCGGACCAAUCAGUGUGCUGGAGAGUUUGUGAUCACCUUUCCAAGAGCUUAUCACAGCGGCUUCAAUCAGGGCUUUAAUUUUGCUGAAGCUGUGAACUUCUGCACCGUGGAUUGGUUGCCACUGGGCCGCCAGUGCAUCGAGCAUUACCGCCUGCUGAGCCGCUACUGCGUGUUCUCUCACGAUGAGAUGAUCUGUAAGAUGGCCUCCAAGGCCGACGUCCUGGAUGUGGUGGUGGCAUCUACUGUUCAGAAGGACAUGGCCAUCAUGAUCGACGACGAGAAGAUGCUGCGCGACAAGGUUCAGAAACUGGGGGUGACGGACUGCGAGAGGGUGGCGUUCGAGCUGUUCCCCGACGACGAGCGGCAGUGCUAUAAGUGCAAAACCACUUGUUUCAUGUCUGCCGUUUACUGCCCGUGUAAACCAGGGCUGCUGGUGUGCUUGUACCAUGUGGAGGAUCUUUGUUCCUGCCCUGCCUACCAAUACAAACUGGGGUACCGCUACACGCUGGAGGAGCUGUACCCAAUGAUGAACGCUCUGAAGAUGCGUGCAGAGUCCUACAAUGAAUGGGCUUCCAAUGUGAACGAAGCCCUGGAAGCAAAGAUCAGCAAUAAGAGAAGCCUCAUCAGUUUUAAGGCUCUGAUAGAAGAAUCAGAAGUGAAGAAGUUCCCGGACAACGACCUGCUGCGGCACCUCCGCUUGGUCACACAGGAUGCAGACAAAUGUGCCUCAGUAGCACAGCAGCUCCUUAAUGGCAAAAGACAAACCAGGUACCGCUCCGGAGGAGGGAAAUGCCCCAACCAGCUGACGGUGAAUGAGCUGCGGCUGUUUGUCAGGCAGCUCUACGCCCUCCCCUGCCUGCUCAGCCAGACGCCGCUGCUGAAGGACCUUCUUGAUCGCGUGGAAGCUUUUCAACAGCAAAGCCAAAAACUGCUCUCAGAAGAAAUGCCGAGUGCUGCGGAGCUGCAGGAGCUCCUGGACGUCAGCUUUGACUUCGAUGUGGAUUUACCCCAGCUUGCUGAGCUGCGGGUCAGGCUGGAGCAGGCCCGCUGGCUGGAGGACGUGCAGAUGGCUUCGUCAGAGCAGAACUCUCUCACUCUGGAUGACAUGAGGCGCCUCAUUGACUCCGGUGUCGGCCUGGCUCCCUACCCAGCAGUUGAGAAGGCCAUGGCAAAGCUGCAGGAGCUGCUGACUGUGUCCGAGCACUGGGAUGACAAAGCCAGAAACCUGAUAAAGGCCAGGCCACGGCAGUCGCUCAGCAGCCUCGCAGUGGCAGUGAAGGAGAUAGAGGAGAUCCCUGCCUACCUCCCCAGCGGCGCGGCGCUGAAGGACGCGGUUCAGAAGGCGCAGGACUGGCUGCAGGAGGUGGAAGCUUUGCAGGUUGGAGGACGUGUGCCUGUCCUGGACACGCUGGUGGAGCUGGUGACCAGGGGCCGCUCGAUCCCGGUGCAUCUGGACUACCUGCCACGGCUCGAGUCCUUGGUGGCGGAGGUGCAGGCGUGGAAGGAGUGUGCAGCCAACACGUUCCUGUGUGAGAACUCCCCGUAUUCCCUUCUGGAGGUGCUGUGUCCCCGCUGCGACAUUGGGACGCUGAGUCUGAAGAGAAAGCAGAAGAAGCUGAAGGAGCCGAUGCCGAGCACGAAGAAGAAGAGCACCAAGCUGGAGAGCCUGAGUGACUUAGAGAGAGCUCUGUGUGAGAGCAAAGACACCGCGUCGGCGAUGGCGACGCUCGGGGAGGCGCGGCUCAAAGAGAUGGAGGCGCUGCGCUCCCUGCGGGCAGCCAACGAGGGGAAGGUGCUGCUGUGCGGCGAGGAGGACGCGGAGCUGAAGGUCUGCGUGUGCCAGAAGGAGCCGGCAGCUCCCAUGAUCCAGUGUGAGCUCUGCAGGGGGUUCUUCCACACCGGCUGCGUUUCUGCACCCCACGCCUCGCAGGCUCCACGCGUGUGGCUCUGCCCGCUCUGCCGCCGCUCGGAAAAGCCGCCCUUGGAGAAGAUCCUUCCUCUGCUGGCCUCCCUGCAGCGCAUCCGCGUGCGGCUCCCCGAGGGGGAUGCCCUGCGGUACAUGAUAGAGAGAACUGUGAACUGGCAGCACAGAGCACAACAAAUGCUGUAUUCAGGGAAUCUAAAACUUCUACAGGACAAAGUUGGCUCAGGAUUGCUGUACAGCCGGUGGCAGAGCGCGGCGGGGCAGCUGCCGGAGACAAACAAGGUGUCUCAAACAAUCGGAGCUAUGUCAUUCUCCAUGCCUCAUGACUGGGAUAACAGAACCAUAUAUUUACAUUCUCCAUUUUCUACAGGACAGCAAUGCAUCCCACUUCAUGUCGUUAGCACCGAGCUGGACGAGCUGAUGAUGGAAGCGCAGCUGCUGCAGGUUUCUCUGCCUGAAAUACAGGAGCUGUACCAGAUCCUAUUCACAAAGCAAAGCCCCGCUCUGCAGGCUGAGCAGAAAGCAUCGGGAGGGCCGAGCAAUGAAAAGAACGAGUGCUGCCGGGGCAAAAAGGAUGGAAUGAGUUACAUGGAGAGAAAAAUGAAGCGCCGUUUCGAGAGAGAGAGCUUCUGCGAGGAGAAGAGAGCAAGGGUAAGAAAAAUGAGAACGCCCAAAAAGAAGAAACUGAAACUGAGUCACACAAAGGAUCUGAGCAGCAGCAGCAGGAUGGAGAGGGAGAGGGAGCGGCUCCUGGAGGUGCAGCGCAGCAGCGAAAGCCAUUUGGUUCCCUCCGACACGUCGUUCUCUGAGCAGGAGGACUCUGAGGAUGAAGAUGCCAUCUGCCCUGCAGAGACGUGUCUGCAGCCCGAGGGAGAGGAGGUGGACUGGGUCCAGUGCGAUGGCAGCUGCAACCAGUGGUUCCACCAGGUGUGCGUGGGCAUCUCCCCCGAAAUGGCCGAGAAGGAGGAUUACAUCUGUGCCAGCUGCGCCGGGAGGGGCUCCCCGUACCGCAAGUGAAAGUGCCCACAGAGCCUUCGGGACUCGAGCAGGGAGAGCUGCGGAGUUUUCCAUUGGGGCUGCAGGGGCUGUUUGGAGAACCAGGCUGCAAUUGGUGCUACUUCUAUCCUCACGGGAUCAUUUUCCAGAACUCGAAACGAUUUUUGACACUUUUUGUAUUCUCCCUUUUGAUCUUUGUGGUUGUGGAGGUUUGCAAAGCUGGCUGUCGGAGCGGGGGGGUCUCGGCCGACUCGAAGGCACUGCUGGGGCCGUGGGGCCGUGGGGCCGUGCUCCUGUCCCUGCACAGCAUCACCGUACCUCUGGGAUUUGCAGCGCUUUGAAUCCUGCGUGGAGCACGGAGCCCCACAGCGCGGGCUGUUCCAGGCAGUCCUCGUUGGAGGAGAUCCCUGUUUACUCUGUUAUCAACUCUUUGGAGACUUUUAGGUUUUGGGUUUUUUUUUUUGUUGUUUUAUUUUGUUUUGUUUUGUUUUUUUUCUGUUUUUUCCCACUUUGUUUUUGGUAGAUUUAGGUUUAUUUAUCUGAGCAAUAACUUCUAUGUCUGGUUUCAGCGACUGGAAUGGCAGCUGGGGACGGCGUGUUGCUUUUAGCAUUGGUUGAUGUACAGAAAGCAGGUGGUAGAUCCUAGUGUGACUGAGGGGCCGUGAUGUAGAAGACAAAAAAAAAAAAAAGAAAAAACAAACAAAAAAAAGCUCUGUAAAGUAAUUGCCACAGCUGUAUUUUGGCUUUCUCCUUUUUUGGGUAGCUUGUAUCAAACGUUGCAGUUUAUAUUGUGGAAUAAACCCCUGGUUAUGUUAUAAAAUUA